AUGGCGGCGAAGAAGCUGUGUGAGAGUUUUUCCAAGGGUUUGAUCGAAGAGGUACAAAAAUGGGGUAGUAUGAAGCAGACGGGUGUGAGUCUCAGGUAUAUGAUGGAGUUUGGGUCCACACCCACCGACAAGAAUUUGCUCAUUUCCGCUCAGUUUCUUCACAAAGAACUUCCAAUUAGGAUUGCCCGGAGGGCUAUUGAGCUCCAGACCUUGCCUUACGCCUUAUCCCAAAAGCCCGCUAUUCUCAAAGUAAAUAACUCUUUACCAUUUUCCUUCAUUUCAUUGCUCUUGAUUGAUGGGGGGAGGUUAUUGUGGUGGCGGCCCAAGGUGCGGGAUUGGUAUUUGGACUCUUUUCGUGACCUUAGAUCCUUCCCAGAGAUUAAGGAUAAGAUUAAUGAGUUGGAAUUCACCGAAAUUAUCAAGAUGAUUAAGGUCAGACACAACAAUGUUGUUCCUACAAUGGCUUUGGGAAUCCAACAGUUGAAGAAAAGUCUGGGUCCCAAGGUUGAUUACAAGGAUCUUGAUGAAAUUCACCAGUUUCUGGAUCGCUUUUACAUGUCAAGAAUUGGUAUUCGCAUGCUUAUUGGUUAG